AUGCUUGGAGGAAAGGAGAUCCUCCUGCUCCGCCACCCGCCACCCGGGCUGAUCGGCGAGGUAAAGCCGCAGCCGCGCAUCGCCGCCAUCCCGCUGCACCUGCAGCUUUGCGCGAAGUCGUGGAAGCUCGAUGAAGUCGACGACCACCGUGCGGCUCGAGGACGUCUCCGUCGCUGUCAUCCAACCCUCGAGCCCGUCUUUACCCCCGUCUGGGGCUUCUUCCUCGUUGUUGGGGGUGGUCGAGGACGAUACCGCGCGCGUAUCACGCCCCCAUACCAAAAUAUGCGAGCAAUCCUCCAACUUCGUCAGCAUUUCCAACAGCGGGCGGAGGGAGGGGCAGCACAUCAAAUUCACCAACACGCGAUCCGUCGGCAGGAGCCCGGGCGGCGGGGUCGCUCGUUUGCAGGCCCCAUGCGAUUCCCCAAGGCUCGGCAGAGCCUUCCCCGGCUCCUUUUGGGCUUCCUCAUUCUCGUCUGA